AUGCCAAAACCAGUAAGGCAAGAAGAUUUAGAUUUCGUUUCCUGUGAGAACGAUCGCUAUGAAAGUGAAAUAUUUAAAUGGAAAAAUGAUCGGUUAGUUGAGGCUAUAGCGCAAGAAGAACUUGAAUUUGUAAAAGAGACUUACGAAGCUAAAGCACGUGCACACAGAAUAUAUGAAGAAGCAGAGCAGAUGCGCUUAAAGGCUAUUAAAGAAUGGCAAAAAUAUUGGGUUCAAAUGGAGGCUAAAUAUGAAAAAGAAAGACUUGAAAGAAGACGACGAUUUGAAUCAGAGCAAGCUAAGUGGAAGCAAAUGGCUGAAGCAGUUGAGGCUGAAGAAAAAAGAAAGAGGGAGGAGGCUUUAAAAGCGGCGGAAAAUGCCAAAAAAAUUCAAGAUAAUGUUAAAACUGUGACCGAAGAUAAUACUAAAAAUCUUGUAUCGGACGAAAUUUUGAAACAAGAAGAGCAUUUUCGAAAUAUACUUAAAAGCAUACAAGAUAAAUUUUCAAAAAAUCCUCAGCUGAAAUCUGCAACUGCCGAAACGAGAAAGAGCAUCACACUGGGAUUAAACAUUCUUACGAACGGGCGUGCGGAAAUUCUUAAAAUUGUAAGAAUAUCAUUUAUAAUAUUUGAUACAUUCACUUGA